CUACGAUUAAUGCGUAACCGCUCGUAAGUUUAAACUCUAUCGUAAACUUCGUUACAAUUUGCCCCGCGUGGAACCUUCAACCGGCCCGCGUGUUCCUCUCCGAACGGUUUACCGCGCGGACACGCUUCUUGUUUUAACGGCAGACGAUGCGUGAUGCUCGAAAGCGGCAGAAACGCGGGUUUAGUCACCGCAAAGAUGCGUUUUAGUCGCUAUGAUCGACACGUGGUGGUUUUGACGUGAAUAUGAACAGAUGCGGGAUGUUUCUGACAUGCAGCGAAGCUUCUGUAGCGACUGUCAGAGCGGGUUUGACCGUGUGAGCUAACAGCUCACAACGAUGCUAACGACUUUGAUCAGACAUAACAAUAAUAUUAAUAAUAAUCAUAAUUAUAAUAAUUAACAGCUCAACAGCAGAGAUCUUUCCCGCCCUGUGCCGCAGCCUGUGAGCUACAAGGACACAAUGCCUAACGCCAGCGCGCGGCCGAAGCAUGGCAGGAGGACCCGAAGGCGCCGCAGAGAGGACCCCGCCAGGAACGAGCUGGUCUCGAGUUCACUAGAAAGUGCCCAGCAGUGCCUGUUCAACCAAGAUUACGGGACUGCGUUUGUGCACUACCUCCUCGUCCUCAACCUCGCACCUGUGUUUAAGGACUUUGCAAGGGAGUCCUUCAGGUUCACUCUCUUCAAAUGGACAGAAGAGCUGGACUCUGUGGGCCGAAUUCAGGACCUCUUUGACUGUUAUGAGCAAGCGCUGGAACUGUUUCCUGCUGAUGAGGUUAUCCUGAACAGCAUGGGCGAACACCUGUUCAGGAUGGGAUUUAGAGACGAAGCCGCAGGCCAUUUCCACAAAGCCUUGAAGCUGAGACCGGACUACCCGGAAGCCAGGGAAAACUUCUACCGUGUGGCCAACUGGCUGGUGGAGCGCUGGCACUUCUUAAUGCUCAAUGACCACGGGAGGAACAGGAAGUACCAGCAGGCUAUUCAGAAGGCGGUUCAGAGCGGCUGCAGCACUGUACUUGACAUAGGUACUGGCACUGGGAUCCUUGGUAUGUGCGCUAAGAAGGCGGGGGCUGCUGAGGUGUACGCCUGUGAACUUUCAAAGACGAUGUAUGAGUUGGCCUGUGAGGUCCUAACCGCUAACGGUAUGGAUGGCAGCAUCAAGAUCCUGCAUAUAAAAUCUCUGGAGAUGGAAGUACCAAAAGACAUCCCACACAGGGUGUCCUUGGUGGUGACAGAGACGGUAGACGCAGGAUUAUUUGGAGAGGGCAUCAUAGAGAGUCUCAUUCAUGCCUGGCACCACCUGCUGCUACCUCCACGGAGAGGCGAGAAUGAAUUCCAGGAACAGUCCGCGACAGGACGAGUCAUCCCCGCCGGAGCAACUGUGUUUGGUAUGGCUGUUGAGUGCCUCGAGAUCCGCAGGCAUCACAGACUUUGCGUGUCAGAGGUGGGGAGCCUGUCCAUGGCUGCAGCCGGGGAGCUCCGCAGCCCAGUGAGCUGCAGCUCUGAGCCAGAUGACUCCAUGGAACCUUACACUACAGAGAGACUAAGCAGACUGCCAGGGGGAUAUAAACCUCUCACAGAGCCAUUCACGGCCCUCAACAUAGACUUCAACAACGUGCAGGAACUGGAGGGGCUGAGCUCUAGGCCGGUUCAGAAGGUCCACCUGCCCGUCACUCAGGAGGGGCAGCUCGAUGCCCUGGCUGUGUGGUUCCAGCUCCACCUGGAUGAGGAGAGCAGUCUGUCUACUGGACCCCAGGAGGACACCUGCUGGGAGCAAGCCAUCUACCCCGUCCACAGCACCAAGGGUUUCCUCCUAAAACCUCAAGACGAGCUGAUCGUCGAAGUCUCCUGCCGCGAUGCCUACCUGAGGCUCUGCAGUGUCGCCGUGCUGAGAGACGGCCAUGAAAUCCGUCUAGACGAGUGUCUGGAUUCGCAGAACUUUGGAAAUGCGACGUCAAAUCCAAACCCAGAGGCUGAAUUGUGUAGCGCACUGGCGUGCCUUCAGACCGACCAGAAUCAGUCUAAAGGCUUUAGCAUGCUGGAAUGUUCAGAAAUGGCGCUCCUGAACAAUCACGAUUACCAUCAGAGUUUUUGCAGCGCGCUCGGCAAACUCAUCUCCCAGCUGAAGGUUAAAUGGCAAAACCAAGAGCGAGAAUCGAGUAUUCAGUCGGACUCCAGUGACCUGCUCUAUGUCCUCGAUGUGUCAGAGGGCUUCUCUCUGCUCUCCCUCAUCGCUGCCAGCCACGGUCAUGUAAAAGCGUACAGCUCUGUGGAAAAGAAUAAGCAACAGGAAGUCCUGAAGAGACUGGCUCACUCUAAUAACAUCCCAGAGCAGCAUCUAGAGUUCUGGCUCAACCACGUAGAGGAUGAGCAGGGGAUGCUGAAAAGGCCGUCUAGGGAGAAGCUGUGGAGCGCCAUCAUUCUGGACUGUGUAGAGACUUGUGGUCUCAUUAGACAGAAGUUGAUGGAGAAAGCGUCACUGGCCAGGUGUCUACUGGAGGAAGGAGGGCGUAUUUUCCCAGAAAAGAUCGUGGUGCACGGUAUGCUGGUGGAGUCAGACACGCUGCUGCUGGAAAGUGCUGUCCAGGGUCAGGAGCCAACACUGGGAUUCAAUAUCGCUCCCUUCAUCAACCAGUUCACUGUACCGGUCCAUGUGUUUUUGGACUUUUCCACAUUGGAGUGCAAGCAUCUCAGUGAGUGUGUGGAGCUCUUUGUUCUUGACCUAAUGGAGGCCACUGCAAACUACACUAACAGAGAAGUAAAGGUCCAGGCUACAUGUGCAGGCAGAAUAACUGCUAUUCCCUUCUGGUACCAAAUCUACCUGGACCGGGAGAUCAGUGUCAGCACCCUCAACCAGAACUCUCAUUGGAAGCAGGCGGCCGCGGUGCUGCAGCAGCCCCUGGAGGUACAAGCCGGAGACUGGGUCCGCCUCGCUGUGAAGCUUAACAAGAGCACCAUCUCCAUAUCAGCCCAUAUAGAGAAUGCACCCAGGCCAAUGGAGCAAUAACGUCUUUUAUUAUAGUUUCGCAACUACUUUCUAUAUGUUUUAUGCCUCAGUCAAAUAGAGGCUAUUGACAAAUAGGUAUCAUUUAAAGGUUUACCCUCUGUUUUUAUGAAUGUAAUACCGGUCUUUAAAGUUUCCCCAGACACUUUGGAUCUCUAUUUUGAGAUUUGGUAGAAGCCUGCAUGAGCCACAUUCUUGUAAGUAACAGUGGGAGGCUGGAUGAUCUUCAUCAUUAAGAAUUUGUAACAAGGAACUUCAAAAGUUAUGUUUUUAUUUCCGGAUUGUGCUGUAAGAUCAUAGAACAUUUAUAAUUUGUACUUACAGAUAUGAUAUUUGGAAGUACAUGAUAUAAAUUAUAGUUGUCCCAUGAUUAUGGACACAGUUGUUUUUGUAAAGAUGUUUGUCGUUAUCAAUAAAAAAAAAAACAUUUCAACAAUAAAUGACAUUUCAUUCAUGAAAGUAAGAAAAAAUCAAUGAAAAUGUAGUUAAUCUAAAUUUAUUGAGGACUGUCAGAGAUGGAGUUAAAUUAAAAUGUGGAACAUUUACAUCAGCUCUGAUGUAAUCCUGUUUUAUUUAUAAAAAAUAAAAUCCUGUAAGGCAAUGCAACAUUCUCGAGCUAGAUAUGAUGCAGAUUAUGUUGUUGAUUUGAUACCCUACGCUGUACAUUAAACAUGUCAGUAUCCCUGCACAAAGACAAAA